AUGACUCACCCCAAGCUCUCCCUUGCGCCACUCCAAUUUGCCACUCUCGACACCGACCAGCUUGAACAUGUAUUCUCUUUUAUGGACCAGACUGCCGUGGACCGUGCUCGCAGGUUCUAUCAUCAAGACGAUGCCUGGCGAUUCCUCAUUGGGCGGAUGCUACGAAUUGUGAUGUUGGGCGAUAUUGGCAGAGAUCGAGGGCUUACAGUCCCAAAUUUGGAGUUCAGCCAAACGCCUGCUGGAAAGCCCUACAUAGUCGCUCCGCAAUCCCUUUCGUCUGUAGGAUUCAAUGUCUCUCAUGACGGUGCCGUCGUUUUGAUGGGGAUCCUGGAGACUCGAGGAUCCUCGGGUGCAUCAGCCAUUGGAGUCGAUAUAAUGAAGGCGGAGAUUCCGGUCAACGAUGAUCUACUAUCGUUUAUUGCUUCCAUUGAGAGCACGCUCACAAGGAGCGAAUCUCGACAUCUGCGCCAACUUGCCGCUGCUGAGAGCACACGUUCACAAGCCACGAAGCACUUGUUUCAGCUUUGGACACUCAAAGAGGCCUAUGUCAAGGCACUAGGAGUCGGCAUCACCUUUGAACUCUCUCGCAUUCAUUUCGAUUUCGAGACCUCUGUUCUCGCAGUUGAUGGGGAGCCUUUGGGCCGUUGGGGCGUCAUUUCAUUUGGAUUAUCGAGUCUCUUCAGUGGUGAUGUACUGGAGGAGUACGUUGGCGCUGUCUGUUAUCAGCUCGAUAGUUCAGAUGUAGAGACCGGAGGUAUUGUCGAGUGGGUAUCAGUGGCUGAAGACCACCGCUUCACGUUUGUAGACCAGCAUGAUCUCAUUCAGAGGGUUGCUCCCGGCUCUAGUGUCGUCAAUGCCUCGUAG